GUUCCUCAUCUCCUCCUUCAUUUUUUUUUUUCUUUUGUUUCAAGGGAUUUGUUCUCUCCUCAUGUGCUCGAUCCAUGCUGUAAUUCAGGUUUCGCAGCCACAAUGGAGAAGGAAGAAGACGCGAUUCAUGUUUCAUCUGAAUCCCAACACAAAAUUCGCCUUCUUUCCUCGCGCAUUAUCUUCCUCCGACAACAACGAUGGUUCAGUUUCAUCCUCCAGACAAAACAACAGACAGAUGGGUUAUGAUCCUUCAGAGGAACUGUUUGGUGUUGACUUCAAGCCCAGGAAUGUAUCUGGUGAUUCUCGUGAACCAAGGUCAUGGUUUGGUCCCAACGGUCAGUACAUUCGAGAGCUUCCGUGUCCCACUUGUAGAGGAAGAGGCUACACCUCAUGCCCAGACUGUGGAAUCGAGAGGGCGAGGUUGGAUUGCCCUCAAUGCAAAGGAAAGGGCAUUAUGACUUGUCUAAGAUGUUUGGGAGACUGUGUAAUAUGGGAAGAAUCAAUCGAUGAACGACCUUGGGAGAAAGCUCGAUCCAGUUCUCCAUUUCGAGUGAAGGAGGAUGAUGAGGUUGAUAAUUUGGAGAUAAAGUUCAGUCCAAGGGGAAAAUCCAAGAGGAUUUACCAGUCACCACCUCCUGAAGUUGGACAAAAGAUUAGCCGGUCUCUUAAAAGUCUCAAUGCCAAGACUGGACUAUUUAGUAAUCGAAUGAAGAUUAUACAUGGUGAUCCUGUGCUUCAUGCUCAAAGGGUAGCUGCAAUUAAGAAAGCUAAAGGGACACCAGCUGCUAGAAAGCAUGCAUCUGAAACCAUGAAAACCUUUUUCAGUAACGCUGAAAACCGUGAAAAGAGGAGCUUAUCCAUGAAAGGGGUUAAAUUUUACUGCAAGAACUGCGGACAGGAAGGCCAUAGACGCUUUUACUGUCCAGAGCUGGACACUAACGCAGACAGGAGAUUUAGAUGUCGAGUUUGUGGAGGGAAAGGCCAUAACCGAAGAACUUGUCCCAAGUCGAAAUCAAUGGUCAGUAAGGGCAUUUCCACAAGGAAUCAUCAGUGUGGAAUAUGUGGUGAGAGCGGUCACAACAGUAGAACAUGCCGGAAGCUGGCCAGAGUGAAAACCACUGAGGGUGGUGUCGAAGAUGGUGUUGGGAAGAGAGUGUAUGCUUGUGGGUUCUGCAAGAAAAUGGGACAUAAUGUAAGAACCUGUCCAAGUAAACGAGUUCCAGACUGGUGAUUCUUGUUUAGAGAAAGAAGGUUCUUGAUCAAUGUUUUGAAAACCAGACUGGACCGGCUGGUUGAAUCAGUCCGACUGUAACUCGCUUAACAAACCGAGUUUGGUUUUAUCUGAUACCCGGAUUAGAGAUAAACGGGUAAAACCAGUGACCCGGGUCAAACUAAAAAUACGGUGUUCAAAUUUUACUCGAUUUAAAAUUUGAAUGCAAUCAAUGUUAGUCGUUUUUAAUCGGUCUGUUUCCAUUUCUGAAUAGUUUACCUUAUGAUGAAACUCAAUUUCUUUUA